CUCUGUUUCUUAGGGUUUAUCGAAAAGCCCUAGGGCGAGCGCGCUAGGGUUCCGCGAUGGUGCGGCUUGGAGCGGAGCUCAUCUCGCGGGCGCCGCAGUACCUGAAUGCCGUCAAGGACCGCGAGAUCGAUCUGCGAGGAAACAAAAUCGCUGCUAUUGAGAACCUUGGAGUCACUGCGGAUCAAUAUGACAGUAUAGACCUCUCAGAUAAUGAGAUCGUCAAGCUGGAUGGAUUCCCAGAGCUGCGACGCUUGUCCACACUUCUCAUUAGCAACAACAGAAUUUCUCGCAUCAGUUCCAGCCUUGGAGGAGGACUCAGCCAGUGAUGUGUUUUACACCUGACAAUGGCUGAUCAUGUACAUGAUUCCACUACUUGACUGAGGCUGUCGACAUGCUA